CGAAUAAUCAGCUGGAUCUCAAAACAUUUUAUUCUUAUUUUUAAUAAAUAAAAGUUUUUGCGUAUCUUGUAUUUUAUGUAUAAGACUUUAAGUUUUAUUGUACCCAAAAGGAUCUUUAACAGAAUGUCUUCCGUUGAUGUUGCAGCACUAAGAAUAAAAUAUCUAGAAAAGAAGGAAGUCUUUCGUGAGGAUUCAAUUGAAAAGAAAGAUCCAAUUUUUCUGUUUAAGAAAUGGCUUGAUGAAGCAAUUACGAAUGAAGAAUUAUUGGAACCAAAUGGAAUGUGUUUGGCGACUGUAAGCAAAGCUGGUCUGCCAUCAGCACGUUUCGUUUUAUUGAAAUCGGUUGAAGAACGUGGAUUUACAUUCUUUACAAAUUAUGGAAGUCGUAAAGCGCAAGAUAUGAGUGAGAAUCCAAACGUAGCAGCCACAUUUUAUUGGUUACCAUUACGUCGACAGGUUCGAAUUGAAGGCACAGUCGAUAAAAUAUCACGUGAAGAAUCUGAGAAAUAUUUCCAUUCGAGGCCUCGAUCCAGUCAAAUUGGUGCUGUUGCAAGUCCACAAAGUGAAGUCAUUCCAAGUCGUGAAUAUCUUGAUGACAUCGAGAGUGAAAUAAAAGGAAAAUUAGGCGACAAUGAGGAAGUUCCGAUGCCAAAUUGGGGUGGCUAUUUAAUUACACCAAAAGUCAUUGAAUUUUGGCAAGGACAAACAAAUCGCUUGCACGAUCGAAUUCAAUUCCGUAAAAGUAAUGAAGAUGUUGAUGGAAAAUUAGUUCAUCGUGCUGAAAAUGGAUGGGUUAUGGAACGUCUAGCGCCAUAAAUUGAACCAAAUUGAAAGCACAGUACCAUUAAGUAUUGUGUAAAAAUACCUUGCUUCUAUAAUAUCCUCUUCUGCACAUUGAUUGAUGACCUGAAUAAGAGAGCAAGAAAUAAAUGUCUUCCGAUUUCAAUUAUAUUACGGUGAAAUAUCAAUAGAUGGAAAAUGAAUCAACCUGUGUAUGUGUUGUAUUUAU